GCCGGCGCUGCAGCCAAUAUGUGCACGGAUGAGCGGCAGUGCUUUCCAAAGAGACUCAUCCUCGUCGCGUACGCAACGUCAAUCACCUAUCCUUCGCGCUGACCAACCACACGAUCGUAUCAAGAAGCUCACCGGCGCGAGUGCCAACCCAUGGGUUAUUCGCGACGACGGCGCGUUCGUUAGCUUGUCGGCUGUCGAUUACUUGAAAAGUCGUCAGUCGCCUUUGUCAUUCGUCGAAAUGAACAGUCGAGGCCAGGCGAUGCGAAUAAGCGCAGAACACGUAAGGGUCCGCGACGAGUGAAGUUCUGGCCGCACAAGAAGUACACGCGGCGCAGCAGCACCGACCUGCUGUCCUUGGGCUCUAGGCGGUGCAGCUACCACUGGCUGACUAACGAAAUGUGAUCGUCCGAUGAAAGUAGACAGAUCUUUCAGUGACAAUGAGAUUGAUCGUUUUGCUGCUGACGAGCUUGUGCUACGAUACGCCCAGUUUUACUUCUGCAACAGCCGAAGCGCCGAAAAAUAUUCGCGCAGCGCCAAAGAGAUUGGCUAAGAUAGUGAAACGGCAGGACGACCUCAGCUACUUGGAGCAAUGUAGCAUAUUGCAAUUUUGGGAUAAACAAAUCGGACGAGUCAACGUUCUUGCUUUCUUCGAUUCGACAUGGCCAUUCAGUCAUCGACAAGCUGCAAUGUUGAAAGUGCUGAGAGAGCGUUUCGACAAGACGGGCUUCGAGAAUAUCCAAUUCCUAGCGAUAAACGCGGCACCCGGAGAGUCCGAGUACGCGUCUAAAGCCGAAAUCGAAGUGGAGGAAGAGACAUGGAAGCAGAUAUCACCGAGCGAGGCCGAGGGAGUGCCGCCGAUAGUCCCAUCGGCCGAGGCUCUCGCUGGCGCACUCGGUCCCGACGUCUACUUCAUCCAGGACAGCGCCGAACUUCAAAUCUGGCCAAAGCUCCGAGCUUUCCGCGACCAAAUUCUCGUGAUCGAUCGUUGCGGACGACUGACAUAUCAGGUGAUCGUACCCUGGAGUAUCUUGCACUUCCCCUAUGUGAAAGCAGCUAUACUGUCAACUUACAAAGACGAGCCGUGCGGUCGCUGCGAGUUUCAGCAAUUGUUCGAUUACUCGACCGAAAGUAGCGAGGAGACAACUGCUGAGACUUGGUCGCAAGAAGCGCGAGAAGGGUCAGCGACGAUCGGCACACCAACUGCCGAAAACGGAAAUGAUACGUCGAGCCUCGGACGCCAAUCGCAGCUGCUAUUUUCUCAGUCUGACGAUUACGAUGCGCAAACAGUUACGGACGACGACUCGUCCACGCUAACUCCGGCAAUUGACGCUAACGAGACCACUACGUCGUCGCCGCCGCGAGAAAAUGCGACUUCGAUCGCUUACUCUCCUACGGACAGCCACAGUACGGGAAUGCAAACUCCACAGCUCGAGCAGACUGAUCAUAUUUACGGACAAUCCAUCGUCGACCAGCCGGUGCCCGACGACUACUCCACAUACACAAACCAAGCGGACAAUGACGGCGACGCUUUACUGUCCGAUGAGAGCCUCGCUGCCACCGAUCAGUCGACUCCAAACAGCUCGACCACUAUUAGCGACUACGAUCCUACUACGCUUUAUCCGCGAGACGACGAUCAUUCCAACGCUACACAAAAUUACUACGAGGACUUCGACCGUGUAAACGUCACAAUGAGCAAGAUUGAUUUGGAGACAGCCAUCGAUGCCGACAAUGCCGAGAAACUGACGACCAAUGUUACGGAAGAGCUACUGAUGAAUCCGGUUGCAGCGAACUGGUCGGAAAGCAAUGGAGAGCGAAGGCUCACGGAGCCCAAAGAGAUCGAGAGCCUUGACGCUCGCGACGUAUUGAAGUCGAGAUCAACAAAUGCGCGCUCGGUGUCACCGAACGACGGCAGUGACAAUCGACUGCAGCUGGUUGAAAUCAAGAGCGAGUCAACGAGCGAGCCUGUAAAAGUAGAGGGCCAACUGGAAGCAGAUUACCUCAUACCGAUCCGCAUAAUCAUGCGGGCGCCACACGUGGACGAAUACAGCGAUCGUAGUCUCAAGGCCCAUGAGUACCUGGUGCUAAAGACCGGACAGCCGAGCUACCACGAGCAUCUAGACCUGGUCCAUGAACACGAGCACGAGCAAGAUCGGCAGCACAAGGCGGUGUCCAGGCAGUCUCAAGCCGUCAAGUCGACCUUCGCCCGAGACGAAAGCCCCGGAUUGUACGGUGAACUUGCCGACUAUUGGCAGAACUACGGCAACGAGCGUGUUCACGACUACAGUACCGACAGCAGCAGCGCCAGCCUCGAAGACGAUGAACACGAGCACGUGCUCGAGCAAGAACAGAGCUUUGCGGAAGACUCGACCGCCACUGUUAAAUCAACUACUUUGCUCGACGAUCAUGCAAAGGCUCUCGAGUCGGACAAUGAACACUACGACGACCAUUCCACUUCCGCGUACGAAGAUGCCGAUGUUAUCGAUGAAGAAGCUAAAAGUAAAUUGAUAGCCCAUUAUAGCAAAUUAUUACCUUGGUUGUACUAUGUUUUAGCUAAAUAAAUAACAACUCCCUUUCGUUUUUUUCACCCCUCCUUAAAGAUUCCAAUUCAUAUUUAUAUAAAUUAAGUAUGUACGUAAAUUUUUUAAUUUCUCGUGGAAACUUUUACAUGUAUAUUUGUAAGAUUCAAUUUAUCGUUAUUAAAAACUCGUCA